GGUGGCUAGUCCGGUGGGGUGUGGUGUUUCCUUGGUAGACGAUUCUGCCUAAAGAAAUUAAAUAUAUUAUUAAUUUUGUAUCUUAGUAACGCAUUAGGUUUUAUAAGUGUUUUUCAAUCAGUGGUGGCCUUUACUUGGUGAAAUGAAAGUGUGCUAAAGAUAUUUUUUUGGUGUGCUGGAAUGGUGAAUUGAUUUUUUCCCCCGAAGUUGAAGUGACGGAGGCACACCCCUAAAGUUGUCAACUAGGAGGACAGUAGCCGUUUAACCAUGGCAGUCCGGAUGGAAAACUCUGCGCCGAGGAAAUUAAAUUACAAAAUGAUGGGGACCAACGGGCCUCGACCUAACUACGGCGGGGCCAGUAACGGCAAGGCUGGGGGCCGCGGGCCGGUGGCCAGCCUCCAGCAGCCGCAGCAACAGCAGCCGCAGCCGGCGCUGGGGGGCGGCUACCGCGGCGCGGGCGGCGGGGGCGGCAGCUGGCCCGGCGGCAGCCAGUACCCCGCGCUGCGGUACCCCGCGCCUCAGGCGGCCGGCCAACCCGGGGGCGGCGGCGGAGGCGGCAGCGGGCCGGCGGCGGGUCCGCAGCCGCAGCAGCCGCAGCCCCAGCAGCAGCAGCCCCAGCCGCAGCAGCCCAACGCCGCCGCCUACAACUCCUACCCUCAGCCAGCGCAAUAUGGCACACAGCGUGUACCGACUGCUGCGUCACCUUCGAACACAAACAGCAGCUCCAGCUCCAAUACCGGGUCUCAGAGUGGAACCCUUAGCACUAGCCUCAGCAACAAUGUUAGUUCCAAUGUCGGUGGCAGUGGGAGUGCCAGCAGCAACAGUGGUGAACAGUUAUCGAAAACCAACCUGUACAUCAGAGGACUUUCUCAGAAUACGACUGAUAAGGACCUUGUCAACAUGUGUUCACAGUAUGGCACCAUUAUUUCAACGAAGGCAAUAUUAGACAAGAAUACUAAUAAAUGCAAAGGUUAUGGGUUUGUGGAUUUUGAAUCACCUGCAUCAGCAGAGGCUGCUGUGAAAGCACUCCAGGCAAAGGGCAUCCAAGCGCAGAUGGCGAAAGUGGGUAUUUCGUUGCUGCGUAGACCGCCCAGUCAACAAGAACAAGAUCCAACUAAUUUAUAUAUUGCCAAUCUACCAGCAACUUUUAAGGAAAAUGAUGUUGACAACAUGCUGGCAAAGUAUGGGCAAGUUAUCUCUACAAGAAUCCUCAGGGACACAACUGGUCAAAGUAAAGGUGUCGGGUUUGCAAGAAUGGAGUCAAAAGAGAAAUGUGAGCAAAUAAUACAGAUGUUCAAUGGCAACCAGCUGGCUGGGUGCAAGGAACCACUUCUUGUAAAAUUUGCAGAUGGUGGAAGCAAAAAAAGGGUUCUGUACAAGACAACAGAUCAGCGAAUGUGGCGGGAUACUGGAGAGGCUGGUGCCUGGUUGCAUUGUGGUAGCUUAGUACCUCCCGGUGCCCCUGUCAGCUAUGAUCCAUCAGCAGGGCAAAAUGGUGUCGGAACACCACAUAUUCUGCCUGCACUUGGACAGUAUGGGCGACAUUAUAGUCCAGGGACUGUACAGGGUUACCAGCUACCGCCCACAUCCUGGGUUCCUCAGUAUGUGAUGCAGCCACACUUGCCACAAGUUGAGGAACAGUUUGCUUGUCAGCUGGCGCCCACCACACACAUACAUAGCUACAAAAAUGACACACAACAUUCAAGAGGCAUCUCUGUGAUGAUGCCAUCAGCUGAUCCAAGCUCUGUUCAGUAUGGUUCUAUGAUUCCACCUCUCACUACUCAUAUGUCUGCCUUACAGAUUGGUACUCCUAGCUCUUAUAUAGCAAGCCCUCAUCCAUAUCCAUUCUAUCCUGGGCCAGGAGCAUCUAUCAUACAUGCUGUGCCAAUACCUGACUCUGAGCAAACAUCUAAUGCUGCUUCACCAGAUGAUACCUAUCAGCCCUACCAGACCAGUCAGCAACCAAAAUAAGUACUGAUUUGAUGUUAGUUGAUGCAUUUCAUACAAUUUAGGUGAAAGGAUGAAAAAAAUAAACAUUUUAAAAGGAAAAUAGCAUUGCAAUUUCCUUCCUCUGGAAAUUGUUAAGAUCAUCAUUGAAAGAAAGGAAAUCCAUUCACUGAUAUGUACAAGAAUUAAAGAAGAGUGAAUUGAGUCAACAAGUACCUUUAAAUGAUGAAACUAGAGUUGAAGAAUUCCCACUUUAUAUCCACGGACUUGCCACCAUCUGUCAACGGAAAUAAUAUUAAAAAUUAAUAAUAAAUAUAGUUUAUUAUUUUUUUACUGUAGAGUAAAAUGUGUUUAGCUAUGCUGUCUACAACCUCUUGUCCUGUACAUUUUUCGUGUGAGUACCUUAGUGUUGCAUCAGUUGGUGUUGAUAAAGACUUUUGGUUACCUAAUGUCAAUGAGUGUUAGCAAUGUGGUGAUGCAAAGAGUUUUGGAGAGGAGAGGGUGGGGGAGGGGGGUGGGGGUUUAAGUUAGAUGUUACGUGGGGAUGCUACAGUUUUUAGUUCAAAAAGGAAGUCAGUAAAAUUCUUGAAUGAACCAUGUCAUUUUAAUACAUGUAGUUUGUUAAUAGCUCAGUUACUUAUUGAGAUGCAUCUUUUUGUAUAUAGUUUUCGGUCUGGAUAGCAGAUUCUGUAUGUUAAUAUGAGUCCUGCUGAAAGUUACUGGACAACUGAGUUAUUGUUAUAAAUAGUUUAAAAUAAAAUAUCUUCUUUAUAUGGUGAAAAUUCUGAUAUAGUGUAUUACAACAGAACUGACAGAUUUCACCUAUGCUGGACUUGUCUUAAUUUAAAUACUACUCUGAACUUUCCCUGGUCCAUAAAUUAAAGUUUUAAGGAGUUGUCAGUAUUAUUAAUCUUCUCAUUGAAUUUGUAACUUAAAACAGUAAAGUCACGAAUCCUCAAUUCAGUAAGAGGGUCAUUUUCUCCAAUGAGUUCUGCCCACAUAUGCAAAGGGGGGCCGGGUACUGAGCAUUUCACUAACAAUGGAGAAAACCUGUUGUGUGAUAUGAUUCCUCAGUUUUACACCCAGGAGGAGGACCAUUCUGAAGCUGGUGCUUUAUAUAGAAAAAAUAAGUUUCUUCAAAAAGUACAACUAGUAACAACAGUUUUAAUUUUAGUUUACAUUGUAAUGCAGUAGUAACCCGUGAGUGACAGGCCUGUAUGUAAAAUAUAUCGGAAUACUAGUAACACUUCCUGUCACUUGAUAUCUCUCUCCCCCUCCCCCCUCCUCCCCCCUCCUCCUCCUCCUCCUCCUCCUCCUCCUCCCCUGCCCCUCUCCUCCCCCCCCCCCUCUCUCUCUCUCUCUCUCUCUCUCUCUCUCUCUCUCUCUCUCUCUCUCUCUCUCUCUCUCUCUCUCUCUCUCUCUCUCUCUCUCUCUCUCUCUCUCUCACACACACACACACACACACACACAAAAUGCAAACUUUGUAAAGAUAAAUGAUCUUUUCAUACUUAAAGCACAACUUGAGUGGUUUUAUCAUGUUCAGCUUUCAGUGACCACUGGAACAGAAGGGGAUCAUUUUAGAUAUUAUUGUAAUUGAAUUAGCAGGUAUUGAUCUGCUGGUACUUUGAUAUUGUGGUAUUUUGGCAAACUAUUUUAAUGUAGGGUGUAGGAAGAUCUUUUUGAGUUCUGUAACUUUGUAUACAACAUUCCAUGUUUUGUUUCCUGGUUUUCUUUUCAGAGAUUAGGUGUGAGCUUUUGUAUAUAGAAUAUAGUAACAUUGUCAUUGGCAUUAGGUGACCUAUUGCACUAGAAGGAAGUAAUAGUAGUGUAGUUUCAACCAUGAUGAAUGCUGCUCAGUUAACGGGAGUUCUUCCAACAAAUCUUCCAAAGAAAAGUGCUGAUUCUUAGUGGCUAACAGUAGUUUUCAUUCUUUUCUUACCAAUGAAAGGUUGCCAUUAAAUGGAAAUCUGCAACUUCAAAAUGCAGUAGUAGCUCUCGUUCCUCUGUAACCAUGUGUUACAGAAUACAAAUUGAUACAGCAUAUGGAUAGGUAGUGUAAUGUUGGAUCUAUAACAGUUGCCUUCACAUCCCAGCAUCAAAGUGUCACAAUUCAGUUAUAUUUCUUUCAUCAACAUUGAGUUUAAUGCAAAAUUUAUGUCUGUCAGUUCUUAUUCAUAACAUGUGCAAUAAUUGCCCUUGUUCCAAUAUUCUUUUGAUUUGUCACUCACUGGUACAUCAUCACUUGGAAUGAAUUUUAUGAAUUUUUUUUUUUUUUUUUUUUUUUUUUCUCCAUCGGUUUCAUCUGGAUAUGACAAUGACUGACUGCUGGGAAAAUGUCACAGUCUCCAACAUAGUAUAGAAAAUUUGUGUAUAACAAAUGUGGUAAGGUGCUACUAUCCAUGUAUUUUGUAUUUUCACAUUCCAAAUCCAAAGCAAGAAUAAAUAUGUUGUGUAGUAUUUUUUUCACUUUUGUCCCUACAAUAAUUCUAACUGAUGUUAGUGUUGCAUUUUUUACUUUUCCAUCACAUUUUAUUUUUGAGAAAGCCUAUUGUAAAAUAUAGAGAGAAAUUAUGAGAUUUUACUACAUAAUUUUGUUCUUUGGAUUUUUAUAAUGAAAUUUUUUUUAGAUAUUGUGCCUUUUCAUAAUAAUUCAAAGACAGGGAAAACUUUGUAUAUGAAAUACUGUGAAGCCAAAUUUAAUGUCUAGUUAUUGUUUCAGUCAGGUAGGCAUUUUAAAAUGUGUGAUUUGUGUUAGAAUUGAAAGUAGAUCUUUAAGAAAAUAACCGAGAAGGUUGAAAAUGUUUAACUUACUCCAUGGAGUAAUAGUACUGUUGAAGAUUUUAAAAAAAGUUUUUCUAUUGAGGAAGCUAGUCCAAAAUAUUACUUUGAGGAGGUUAAUUUUAUGUCCUUAGGGAUUUUUAAAUGAUCUAUUCCAUAGCAGUUUUUUUUUCAUAUAGAUAUAUACGGUAUAUAUAGAUAUCUAUCUUGAAUGACUGUCCUAUCAUUUCCUAUUUGUAAUGACCAUCAAUAAAAAGAGGUAGAUCAAGUGAGACUGUUACAUGGCAAGUAUUCAAAGCUGUCAACCAAAAAUUAAAGAGUAUAGGUAUUUAGUGUGGUAAAUAACCCAUCAUCUAACAGUUGUUACAUAAAAACUUUGUUGUAGAAUUGAUAGUUAAUUUUUUUUAUUAUUAUUUUCCCGGAGAGCAGGGGGCAUGGUUGUAUGAUGAUGGUACAUCAUUCCUGAAAGGAGGUCCACUUUGAAGAAUUUUAAAAUACCAUCUUCAGAUGACCUUUCCUAUGCUAGUUAUUUUGUAAAACUUUUGAUCAUAUUUGUAAAAAGUUUAGACAUUUUUCAUAGAUCUGUAGCAUCAUACAUUGUAUUAAUUGUAUUGACGUUGUGGGAGAAACAAUUUUACACUGUUAAAUACACGAAGAAGUAAGCAUGAAAUGAUAUAUUUAGUUUAUUUUGGUACAUCUGAAUUUGAUGGUGAAAUGGUAACUAUUUUUUAAAAUGAAUUAACCGAGAAGUCCAUAUUCAAUUGUAAUCAUGUAUAUUUUACUUGCGUGUGUCAUAAUAAAGAAGAAAAUUGUGAAAAUUUUGAGGUAGGACAAUAUCCCUAUCUUGACAUUCUGGCUGUUUAUGUGAAAUAAUGAGUUCUCCCUCUUGCUGCUCUGACUUAAAGGUACCCAGGUGAUUCCAAGGGUACAACAUGUCUGGAAGAAGUGUCAUGAGGACAGUUGUAGACUAAGCCUUUUGUGAAGCAGAAACAAACAUUUGUUUCAUUACUGGGAAACUGUAAGCUUUAUGAAGCUUUUUUUUAAACAAAAAAACUUGCACCAUAUUUGGUGCAAUUAUGUAUAGGCAUAGGUUAGUACUAGUAAUAUAAUGAUUCUUGUAGAACAGUAGUAAAAGUGACCAGUUUGAUUGAAGCUGAAUGCCAUUCUUUGUAGAUUUAAGAAAUGUUAGACAACUAUCAUUAAGAUUUGAGAAAUAUGUUUGAAAGAGCGUUUGUAAUACACAACACAGAAUUUUAGAUUUAAAGAUGUUGAUCAAACAUGUACAGUUAGACUAAGCCUGAUGCUUUAUUUUGUACUGUUGAUUGUUCUGAUAUGAUCUUUAAUUAUUUGACUUUCUUUCAUAAGCAUUUGUUGAUGAGUAAUUACUUUUCCAUCAACAAAUUUGAAAAUGAAAUAAAAAAUAGUUGUCGUGUUUGUCCACCUGUCAUCUCAGUGUUCAUUGUGUGAAAGAGAAACUGUAGUACAUAGGAAUUAGUUGCUGAUGAGGGAUGAAAGAAAUUGUUCUUGUGGUAGUGUAGGUUUAAUAGUGUAGAAUUUUAGAAUAUUUAUAGGUUCGUAGAAAUUUUUCAUUUGGAUAUGAGGCUGAGCCAUAGUUAAAGGGAGGCAAAUGAAAUGAGUUGUGUCAAAUAGUUGAUUGGCUGUUGAUAUUUGUUGCUGGAGCAGGUUGGUAUUGUUGAUGAAAUGGCCAGUUUAAUGUUUCUGGGGCACUAGGUAUUUGUGUGUCCUUUAUUUUUACCUUCCACUCCCAUGCAAUAGUUGGCUUACCUGAUUUUUCAGUUUCUAAUAAGCCACAUUUCAUUGUUUUAUGUCAAUUUUUUUUACUAAGCAUUUGGUAUGAAAGCAAUUUUGUUCUUUCUUGCCAUAAAAUUUCAUAUUUCAAACCAGUCAGUAGCUGAAAUGAUAUAUAUUUGUUGUUGAUAUAGUGCCACAUUUGAACCAGUUUUAUAUUGUGUAACAUAACCAGAAAAUUAGAUUAUUGGUUAUUAAUUUAAGUUCAGCACAGACUUUAAAUUUCAGCUUUUGAAACUAUGUUCUGUUGUGUAUGUGGCAUUGUUUGUUAUUUGAUUGUUAAUGAAAGAUGAACUUUAUUUAAGAUUGGUUGAUGUGUAAAUGUGUUUGAUGACUGUUACAUUUUAUUUUUAUUAAAUUAUUUUUAUUUUAUUUGAUAUGAGUUGUGUCAGUCAUUUUUGUUUCCAUUUCAUUGUUGUAAGGCUUUCCUGUUAUAUGUUUUUCAUCUCUCUUUUUGAUAUUCAGACUACAAGGGACAUUUUCCCCAUAAAGUCAGUGUUGUAUGCUACAGAUACAUAAACAUAACAAAAGUAUUUGAAAUCUUGCAAUUGUAAAAGAAAGAGUUUAUUUUGUUACAAGUUUUCUUGUAUCUUAAAUGUGUAAGAUGUUUCAUAGACUAGAAUUUCUUUUCCAUGUAUGUAAAUGAAUUUCUCAAGGUAGAAUGGGGGCACUACAGAAUAAUGCUGAGGAAUUUUUUAUCAGCACCUGAAACCCCAGAAUUGUUUCAAAAUUGAAUUGUUAGAUGUUAAUUACUUAAGAGUAAUGUUGAUAUUGGUUGACAAUUAUUUUUCUGAACGAGGUAAAUUAAGAGCUAAUAAACUUUUUGAGCUAUU